AUUUUGCAUAAGUAUUUGGAAUGUUAUAUGACCGAUGUUUAGUAUAGGUUAUUUUGUUUUACCUAAGAUAGAGUAUUUAUGAUAUUAAUAUAUAAUGAAUUUAGAACUAUUAGAAUCUUUUGGACAAAAUUAUCCAGAAGAGUUUGAUGGAACAUUAGAUUGCAUCUCCCUUGCUGUAACGUGUACAUUUAAUAAACGAGGUACGCUAUUGGCGGUUGGAUGUAACGAUGGCAGAAUUGUGAUUUGGGAUUUCCUUACAAGAGGUAUAGCCAAAAUCAUUAGCGCUCAUGUUCAUCCAGUAUGUUCAUUAAGUUGGUCUCGAAAUGGCCAUAAACUACUCAGUGCUUCAACAGAUAAUAACGUAUGUAUAUGGGAUGUCUUAUCAGGUGAAUGUGAACAAAAAUAUAGAUUUCCAUCUCCUAUUUUAAAAGUUCAAUUUCAUCCAAGAAAUUGGACCAAAUUCUUAGUAUGUCCGAUGAGGCAUGCAGCCGUUAUCGUAGAUAUUCAAGGUACCCAUCAAGUUGUACCGCUUGAUCAAGAUAGUGAUUUAAAUAUCGUAGCCUCUUUUAAUAGACGCGGUGAUUAUAUUUUUACGGGCAAUGGUCGAGGAAGAAUUUUAGUUCUUGAUGUUGAGUUCUGUUCGGUAAAGGCAUCUUACAAAAUAUCACAAGGUACAGCAAGUAAUACAGCUGUUAAAAGUAUUGAAUUUGCUCGUAGAGGCUCAUGUUUUUUAGUAAAUACAGCGGAUAGGGUAAUUCGAGUUUAUGAUAGUGCAGAAGUUUUAGCAUGUGGACAAGAUGGACAACCAGAGCCAAUACAAAAAUUACAGGAUCUUGUAAAUAAAACAACAUGGAAAAAAUGCUGUUUUUCUGGAGAUGGGGAAUAUGUAUGUGCAGGUUCGGCAAGACAGCAUGCAUUAUAUAUUUGGGAAAAGAGUAUUGGAAAUUUACAAAAAAUUUUACAUGGAACAAAAGGAGAACUUUUACUCGAUGUUGUGUGGCAUCCAGUGAGACCUAUUAUUGCUUCUAUAUCAUCAGGAGUGGUAUCAAUUUGGGCACAGAAUCAAGUAGAGAAUUGGUCUGCUUUUGCUCCAGAUUUUAAAGAAUUAGAUGAAAAUGUUGAAUAUGAAGAACGUGAAAGUGAAUUUGACAUAAGCGAUGAAGAUAAAUCAGUCGUUCAAGGAGAAGAAGCACAGGAUGAAGAAAUUGAAGUGGAUGUUGCUUCUAUCGAUAGGGUAGCAGCCUUUUGUAGUUCGGAUGAAGAAACUGAAGAUCAAGAAUCAUUACAGUUUAUACCAAUAUCACCUGAAGUUGAAGAAAAUGAAGAAGCAAUUCCCAUGUCUCAAGAAAUACCAACAAAGAAACAUAGAUUUCAUGACAUUGAUUUAAAAGGAGCUCCCACCGAUGUAAUUCAUCCUUUGUUUAAUAAAGGAAAGGAUAAACCUGCUGCUAAAAAGGGCAGACCCAGAUUGGAACAUCGAAAAGGAAAAUAAUUUAAUAUUUUUAUACUUAUGUUAUUCUUUCAACAUAUUCGUUUACCAUACAACUCAAAAUUAAAACUUAAGCAUACAUAAAAAUUAAUUUUGACCAAACACAUUUAUAUUGCAAAUUUUAAUCUAACGUUAUUUUAAUUGAUUAAGCUGUAUGUAUU